AUGCCAAAGGGUAUCCAUAGCUCGUCCCGGGCACUAGAAUCCCCAUGGCGGGCUCGAAAGAACAGAGUCAUCCCUACUCUGUCCUCCAUCCUGCCCCCGUCCCAAGUUCCGUCUCAAGCUCCAGUCUAUGCGCAACCAAAUGUCCAAGAUGCAAGCCCAACUGAACCAUCCAGUCGUCAGAUCGACCCAUUUGUUGGUGGUCCUUGGUUUGAAACAGACAAAAUCGGCCCACGAAACCUAAUUCUCGCCAUCAUGGGCGACUAUCUGGCCCGCAUCUACCCGCUCAUCCCGGUUGUGCACCGUCCAACCUUCCGCCGUCGACUCACCCUGAGCGAGGAUGUGGAUGAUCCAGACUUUCUCGCUUUGAUCCUCUCGUUGGUGGUGGUCACCGUCGGUCUCCUGCCCUCCAGAUUCCCUCACUACCAGUCCAUGGCUUCCGGCACCUCAUCCAAGUUUCAGACACGAGAAUCGGUUGUCAAUGCCUGCAUCGAUAUGUGCAUGUCCAUGCGGAAGGCCACCUACUGGGACCAAGUCAGCCACCAAAAGUGGGCAAGCAGCUAUCUGAUGUCUGUUGGCUGCUUCCAGCUCGGGCAGGCCAAUCGUAGCCGCAUGUUAGAGGUCGAGUUCUUGCAGACCGGCCGUUUGCUUGGGAUUCAUCGCAUCGCGGAUUACGAGGGACUCAACUACAUCGAAACUCAGCUGCGGAAAAAGGCAUUCUGGUUGUGCUUCUACACAUACGCUCAUGCGUGGUAUCAGUGCGGACGUCAAGAACGGUUGAGUUUCUUCGACCAUGGGAUGCUAGCCGAGGUACACUUUGAUGCUCUCAUCCCCUUAGAACUAGACGAUGAACAAAUCCUCGAAGACAAAAUCUUUGAAUCUCCUGUCUCCUCGCCUACAGCCUAUUCCCCGGCAGUCUCUAUAGCCCAGUAUCAUCCCAGGGCUACGAAAUUCAACCUAGCUGCAGGCUUCAACUUACACUCAAGGCUGUUUCGUAAGAGUGCCCAGCUUGCACUAACGCCAGCCCUGUGUGACUGGGAACGACGAGUAAAGCCUCAAGAGAGAUUAUCACAUCUCCGGAAUCUUCUGCAGGAGAUGCGCUACAUGCUUGAUGACGCCCCCUCUGAAAUCCGACAGUGGGCAUCUUCAUCCUGGAGUGAGGCGUCUCGGUCGUAUUUAUUUUUCCCAGACAAUGUAUCCAUAGUAUCUCCCGCCAGUGUUCAACAGAAUUCUAGCGCGAGUCACCAAGCUAUCGAUAUGAACGAGGAUGAUGUAAAGUCGCUCCCUGGCCAGUUUGAAAUCAUGAGGGCAAACCUACACGGCACGCAUCUAUGGCUCCAAAGCGCCCUGUUAGACCAGAUUGAUCUCAUUCUGCAGGAUAUGUUGAAGAGAACUGAUAUAUCGCAAGCUGAGAGAGACUGCCACUUGGCAGCUCUGAAAGCGAGCUGGUCGGAACGUGAAGACGUUUGCCGUCAGAUGCUUCAUUUGGUGCAUAGCAUGCCCCAUACACACAUCGAACCAAACGGUCUAUAUUUUGCCUACAAAGUCCGCGACGUAGGCGUGGCAUUACUCAACUGCCCCUUUGAAGCUUCCGAACCACCUGCACGGCGUGCAACUGAGUAUAUGCACGACUUGACCCGAGCCUUGUCUCGCAUUGACCGGAGCGAGAGAAUGAAUACAAGCAGUCUGCGAAGUUGGGUGGAUACAGAUCGUGAAAAGCCGGCAAGUGGGCGACAGGGCAGAUGA